UGGGAGUUGACUGGAUUGUUUAGUGUGCCUUCAGCCAUAAUUGAGGCUGUGUCCUUCACUGCUCUACUCUUAGAGAUGGAGUCUUCACUUCCAGAGUGGUUGACAAAAGAAUUUUUUGAACAAUGUCUCCGUAAAGAAGAAGACAACAACAACAUUGUGGUAACAAACUUGACCACUUCAUCAGCAGCUCCACCUGGCAACAACUAUGGGAGCUUCAUCAUCAGAGUUGAGCUGAAAUGGAAAGUGGACGGAGAUGAUUCUGAGAUGAAGACUUCAAGAUUCAUCGUCAAAGCUGAACUUACCGAAGGUCCUUUGCAGGAAAUGGCAACUCAAUUUGCCAUGCACGAACCUUCAUUUUACUACAAUUAUAUACCAUAUGCAACUCAGUUUGGCGAUGUGCAAUUUGCUCCAAAAAGCUUCUUCACUCCUAAAUCAAAUGUGGUUAUUCUUGAAGAUUUGAAAGAAACAGGUUUUUUGAUGGUUGAUAGAACAAAACAGUUGGAUUUCGACCAUUGUCGCCUCUACAUGAUUGCAGCUGCCUCAUUCCACUCAUUGUCUAUUCCAGUUUAUAAAAAAAAUCCAGAACUUUUGGAACCUAUAAAAAAAGACACAAUGUUCACAAGAGAAUCUAAGACCCAAGGCAUAUUUCCAAUCAUGAUUAAAAGUGGUGCAGAACGGUUUGUACAAGAAAUUGAGAAGGUAGACAGAUUCAAGAAGUAUUCUAAAACAAUCAAAGAUAUUACACCUCACCUAUGGGAUAUGAUGGUAGAAGCACACAAGCCAAGUGAACAAAUAAACACAAUCAAACAAGGAGAUCCGUGGCUGACUAACAUGAUGUUCAAAUACGACAAAAACAACAAAGUCUGUGACAUAAAACUCAUUGAUUUCCAGGUGACAGGAUAUGGGUCACCUGUUACUGAUUUAAUGUUCUUCUUGUCGUCCAGUGCAAACAGUGAAGUCAAGAAUAACAGAUUAGAAGAACUGUACAGAAUUUACAUCGAUUGUUUCAAUUCAAAUCUAAAAAAAAUCAACUGUUCUGAAAAGUUGACUUAUGAACAGGUGAUACGGGAUGUGGAAAAGUUGAAGCCAUUAGCUUUGUUCAUAUCUUGUUCUUUUGUGCCUUGUUUUGUGCAUCCUGACUCCAUGGACAUGGCGGUUUUGGUCUCCAAGGACGUGAGUGCGGGAGAGAAAUUUUACGACAAGUGUUACACUAAAGAUUACUGUGACAAAAUACUCCCUCAGGUGGUUGAGUCUCUGGAGAUCAAUGGAGUUUUCAGCUCUCUAGAAAAACACAAUGGGUAGUUAAGUUGUUAUAACACAUAUCCUCAUUAAAGAUUUUAUAAUAAAAUA